GAUAUGUGUAUAGAUCGUCGCAUAACAUGAUGCAGAAUGACAGGAAAAAUAUUUAUGUUUUUAGUKGUAGCCACGAUUCAAGCCGUUUUACUCAUUGUAUUUAUGAAGUCUUGGGGCUUGACCACAUCGCACUUKGCAUCGACUUCGUUUCGUGAGAUGUGGACAACGUGGAGUAACGACUCAAACACGGUUGACACAGAURCACAUUUACAUGGCUUUGUUGAUUUGGAACAUAAAGAUUUCAGCUGGUUGAARGUCGCUAAAAAUGUCACUGAUUCUCCAAUGGAUAAUAUAAUGCCUACUUUAGAUAGAAGAAAACCUUUGAAGCCUUUUACGACAACAAUAUCAACGUGGAAUCAAGAAAAUAGCUGGAACAGUGAAGAAGGGGUUUUGACUCCAACAGUMAAUCACGAGCCAACACAAAUCUUCUUAUUUAUAUUUGUCACGACAACUCCCAAAGCUGUAGAGAAAAGGAAUUUUAUUCGGAAUUCCUGGGGUAGUAUCCACGAGGCAACAAGAACACAAACAAAUAUGAAUGAAUCAGACCCAAGUGAUGAUGAUAACGCAAAGGCUGUUUACGUUUUCUUUAUGUUGGGAACUACCGGAAACGAGACGCAGGACCAAGCUAUCGAACAAGAAGCUAGUGAAUACGGUGAUAUCAUACGUACUUUUGAGAAAGAGUCCUACAGAAAUAUAGUACUCAAAGUUUGGUUUUCAUUCGAAUGGGCAAGACAUUACAAACCCAAAUAUAUCAUCAAAAUCGAUGACGACGUUUAUCUUCAUUUACCAAGGUUUUUUACAUGGAUAACUAAAACACAACUUCCCAAAAAGUUAUAUGCAGGUUAUGUYCACUACCGCGCGUACGUCAGUAGAAAUCCAAGAGAUGAACACUAUGUAAGCAAAGCUGAGUAUCGCGGGCGCUUUUACCCAGAAUACUGCGCAGGCCCGUGCUACGUUAUUUCAGGAAAUGUUUUAGAUARAUUCGUACUGCUUUCAAACGAAUUGUCAAAAUUUCGAGUUGAGGAUGCAUAUCUUGGGCUUAUAGCAAAGAAUGCAGGAGUGAAACCAUUUGAUGUUGGUGGAAGGACAUUUGUUUGGAGCAGAUCAUUAAAUAAGUCUGUGAAAAAGUACUCUGACGCAAGGCUUGCUAUUGCGAUUUGCUUGGGGGACAGUUUAAGUUUAGAAACSAUGAAAUAUAUUCAUGAAAGAUAUCUUAAUCUUUACGAAGACAAAGCCUCAUAAUAUCGURUUUAUAGAAAGAAGUGUGUUUAUUCCAUCAUACCGGCGAGAGGCUAUCCUGUAUGUGUCUUGCUAACGAUGAUGCUACGCGAUAUCAUYUGAGGCUUCUCAUGUAGAAACAMGGAGCAUUGAUCUCAAAAUUGAACUAAAUGGAACUUAUGAGACCAUGAUGCAUCGCGUUCACUGUCAGAAGCUGAAAAACGGAAUCCAGUUAUAAAGAAGGAAGGUUUAACUGUAACAUARACUUGUGAAACGUUUAUCAACUAUUUUCUAGUUGGUUUACACUAAUCACAAUCCCUGUGAUCUUGCUAUAUUUGUAUCAAAAAGGAAAAAUGUUGAAAGUAUUGGUAUCCCUGUGUARUCACGUGACUUAACAUUUGUUCGAGCAGUCAUUAUGGUCAGGAUUGGAUGUUGUUCAUACUGUAUUUUAUAUUUACUACAAUUGAUAAAUGAUAUUUAUCCUCAAAUGUAUUCAAUAUUUUCGUUUCCAUGAAAUAAUGGUCUUACACGAUG